AUGAAUUCGGCGGCUGCGCCUUCCGCAGAUAUGUCGUUUCCUCAGGACUCCGCUUCCGAUUCGGCAUUGCAAAUGCUGGACAACGUCAGCCUUCGCAAAAUAUAUCUACAAGCGUUAAAGUUCUUCAAAGAAAACGAUGGCAAGCUGUGCCACCCGUCGUACGACCAACGCGUACACCUCGCCGCUUUGUCCAAACAGGUUGCCUAUGGCCGUUGGACGCCUUCCACAAACGGAGUGAAUAACGUCGGCUUUUUUGAUCGAAUAGCUCCAUAUCCUCUUGAUGAUGAGUUUCGACGAAGUCACAAAAACUUGUGA